CUGCCAAUCGACCGCAGUUUCACGGUGAGCGGAUUUGGCACCGUGGUUACGGGCACACUCAUCGACGGUUCGAUGGCGGUGGGUCAGCAGGUUGAACUGUCCCCGUCGGGCGUGCAGGCCCGGAUCCGCGGUUUGCAGAGCCACCAGUCCCGAGUCGAUGCCAGCGCGCCGGGCGUGCGUCUGGCGCUGAACCUGUCGGGAGUUUCCCGCGAGGAUGUGCUGCGUGGCGAGGUGUUGACCAAUCCGUGCUGGCUGCGAGCCACGCGCCGGUUUGACGCUCGCCUGCGGAUGGUGCGCGGAGCGCCCCACGCCCUGAAACACAACGAGGGCGUUACCUUCCACCUGUUUACCAGCGAAACUACCGCCCGCGUCCGGUUGCUGGACGCUGACCGGUUGCAACCCGGAAGCGAAGGCUGGGUGCAAGUGCUGCUGGACGACCCGGUGCCAAUGGUGAAGGGGGACUUUUUUGUCCUACGUUCAUCGGAGGACACGCUGGGAGGCGGGCAGAUUGUCGACCCAAACCCUCGGCGGCGGCACCGCCGUUUCGCUCCGGAAGUAUUGGACAGGCUCACUACCCUGGACGCCGGCGCCAGCGAGGAUGUCAUCAUCACGCUGGCCGACCAACUUGGGCCGUGCGACGUUCGAACCCUGUCCCAGCGUUCCAACCUGUCGGAAGCGGAAGUGCUGGCGCGCCUGUCCGAAUUGACCGAGCAGGGUGAAGUGGUGGCCCUGGGCGAGUUGGGCGUGCAGGCUGAUGCGGUGGUCUAUUCGCGGCGGGGCUGGGACAUCGUUCGCAAUCAGGCACAGGUGGCGUUGCAGACCUACCAUAACCAGUACCCGCUGCGGAAGGGGGCGCCGCCGCAGCAACUGCGUAGUCGAUUGAACUUGCCUCAACCGGUUUACGUCCGUGCGGCCGUGCGGCUCGCCGACGAGGGCUUUGCCAUUGAAGAUGGCGGACUGAUACGCGCUCCAGACCACGUGAUUGAGUUGAGCGAUAAGCAACAAGGCGACGUUGCAAAUUACCUGGAAUCACUGGCCGCCGAACCGUGGUCGCCGCCCACCGAUCGGCCUGUCGAUCCUGAAUUAUUGAGUUAUCUGCAAGACCGUGGAGACGUGAUCAAAGUCAACGAUUCAGUGGUGUUCACCACGGCGGCCUAUGAGGAUAUGGCGGGCCGCAUCGUACAGCACCUGCAAACCAACGGCAGCGUUACCGUCGCCGACGCCCGCACCAUAUUCGGCACCAGUCGCAAGUACGUUUUGCCAUUGCUGGAGUAUCUGGACCAGCAACGCAUCACCCGACGCGUGGGCGACGAACGGGUGCUACGGUAG